AUGUCGCAGAUGCAGCGACUCUGGCAGCUGGCUCUAGCGGGUGCUGCGGCGCUCUGCUCCUCUGUCGCUGCCAACCCAGAUCCUCACGGCGGCCAUGCGCAUCACGACAAGACCCCCGCCAUCGCGCAAUUCUGCGUCGACGGCUGGGCAGAUCACGGCCCCCGGUUCUGCGUGGCCGCCAACAUGUACCACAACCACUCCACAGCGGCGCACGACAUGCUCGUGACCGUCGAGGUGAGCCGGCCCGCCAACGACACGCUCGCUAGCGCUGGUUGGCUAGCCAUUGGCUCUGGCGCCGUCAUGUCUGGAUCGCUCAUGUUUCUCAUAUACGGGGACCCCGUCACCAACAAGGGCCCGGUGGUGAGCGCUCGCGGCGUCGAACUCGCCCACGGCCACGAGCAGCCAGCCGUGCUCUCUCAGGACGACCCGAGCCAGAAUUCCGGCGUGCUUGUGCAGCAAAUCGGCGCUGGCGAGUGGAAGACUGGCGAGGACGGGACGCAUCUUGGCGUUGCCCAAUUCGCCUGCUAUAGCUGCACCAAGUGGCUGGGCCAUGCCGUCGACGCUGAAGAGACGUCGCAAGCCAUGAUCUGGGCCUUUAACGAAUUCGAGGACAUGGCACCCUAUGCCUGGGACCAGCCGCUGCGCAAACACGUCGGCGUCAACGGAUGGGGCAACUUUUAUGCCAAUCUGCAGGCCGCCUCGACGCACCACGCCACCGGUCCGCCGGCCGUCCUCAAACACCAGAAUAAUAUCAACGCGAGCGCUUCACGCAUUCUCAUCAAGAAGCCUUCGUUCUUCCAGAGGAUCCGAGCACGCCCCGCUGCCUACAUUCACGCCUUUGUCAUGCUCAUCGCAUUCCUCGCUCUAUUUCCCCUUGGCGUCGUCGGCAUCCGCUCUGGUCUCGACAAGGCCUUCAAGUACCACUGGAUGAUUCAAGCCGGCGCCAUGUGCUUUGCCGCUGUCGGCGCCGCACUCGGCAUUUACAUGAGCCGCGGGGACCUCUUUGGCUCCGCGCACCAAGUUAUUGGCCUUGCCGUCUUUGCACUCUCAUUCGUACAAGCGGCGUCGGGCUGGUGGCACCACGUGCAGUUUGUCAAGAUUCGACGCCGCACCUGGGUAUCGUACGGCCACAUGUCACUCGGUUGGGGUAUCCUGCUCGGAGGUUGGACGAAUGCCAUUACCGGCUCAAUCUUGUUUGGCCUGGCAAGACUGGGACUGUACGGGCUGGUGGCUCUGAUUGCGACCGAGCUUAUGGCGCUGGUGGCCAUCGUAUACAUUGCCAAGAAAAAGCGCCAGCAAGAUCAGGUAAAGCUCAAGACGGCGGCGACUGACUGGAGAGGCGAGGACAAUGAAGACUAUUUCGCGCUAGACGACGCGGAAAGUGAAGACGAUGAGGAUGCGUCGAGCAGAAAAUCCGAUGAGAAGCUACGACCAGCCAAAUAUCAUACAUAG